GUGGAGAACUGGGCAACAAGAACACUAGCUCAAGAGGACUGUACUGUGUAUGGAGGAGGGAGAGCAUAAAUACCCAAGCUGAGAAGCACAAGCAAACCCGGAGGUCUAUCCAAGCUUUCAUAUCAAAGCCGUAGUCCUCAGAGAGCACCGCGUCUCCUUUUCUGCCAUUUCGGGCAAGCAAUUGAGUGACUUCCCCAGCUAGUUAGGACAGGACGAUUCUUCGCACAGAAUGAAGCGGAACCUCGUCUUUGCCCUCUUCGUCGUGAAGCUCGCUUCCGCCCACUUUGAGCUGCAGUACCCUUACUGGCGUGGAGAUUCGUUCCUGCCUCCCGCGUCGCAGUACAUUUUCCCAUGCGCAAACGUCAACACGACCGAUGAAUCGAACAGCAACCGGACUGUAUGGCCAUUGGACGGCGGGUCCUUGGUCAUUGACUUCCACCAUCCGUGGACGUAUGUGUCGUUCAACCUGGGCUUGGGAUCCAACACUUCGACCUUCAACAUCCCCCUGAAUCCCAUGCUGCUGAACGAGACCGGCAACGGAACGAUUUGUAUCCCCAAGUGGACGUUGCCUGCGGAUCUCGGCAUCGCGGAUGGAGACGAGGCGUCUCUGCAGGUCAUCACGAUUGGCGAUAGUGGGACUGCUUUGUAUAAUUGUGCAGACAUCAAAUUCAGCGCAAAUGCGACCCUGCUGUCCGGCGAUCAGUGUCAAAACUCCAGCAAUGUCGAUAUAUACCCGCUUGUCCAGCAGCAGGCGAACGGGUCGGUGGCCGGUGGAGCGACUACGGUUACGGUCACUGCCGGCGGGGCGGCGGCCACCAGCACUUCCACCAGUGGUGCUGCGAGUAUCAGAGCGAUGGCGGGAUCCGAGAAUGUUGCUGCUCUGGCUUGGGGCAUGUUGGCCGUGUUGACGUUGGUAUAUGCGACACGUCUAUAAUGGUAUUAGGGAGGUCGGAACGGAAUGCCCUGCUGUGGACAAUCAGGGACAAUGCAAUACCACUCUAGGUAGUUGGCUGUAGACGACACGUACAUAGAAGUAUGCUAUGCGCACAGAAAUAAAGAGCGCCAUUAUAGCACAGCCGCAGAGACACUGGGCCAACUGCACGAUCUUCGAGACGUACUUGUAAAGCGUGGUCUAGCCUCAGGAGAACCACGUAGUCCUCUGUAUUAGCUAAGCACCAU